AUGGUUUCUCGCAGAGUCUUGGCUGUGGCCACUUUAGUGGCUGGUUCCACGGCACAAUUCGCCCAAUUUUCUUCUGGGGGCUAUGGCUUGUCGGUCAACAUCCCGUCAGAUACGGCGGCGUCGUCAAGCGGGCCGAUAUACCUCCAGAUCAGCGCCCCCAGUGGCACGCAAUGGAUUGGAUUUGGCCAAGGCUCGAGGAUGUCGGGCGCAAACAUGCUGAUCGUGUAUGCCGCCGACAGCAGCAACGUGACCGUCUCGCCGCGACUGGGCACCGGCCACGUCGAACCCAAGGUCAACUCAGAUGCACAGGUCUCUGUGCUCGAGGGCACCGGCAUCGCCUCCGACGGCAGCUUGGUAGCCAACAUCCGCUGCGACACCUGUCUGUCCUGGAAUGGAGGCAGCAUGAGCGUCUCCGACACUUCCAGCAGUUGGAUCUAUGCGUACAAGAAGGGCGACGCGCUCGACUCCACCAGCACCGAUGCCUCCAUCUCCCAGCACGACGUCAACACCGGCUUCAAUUUGGAUCUAACUUCCGGCACUGGUGGCAGCUCUUCGAAUCCUUUUGUGGCCGCAUCGUCUGACGAUUCGUCCUCAUCCGCCGCCCCCAGUGGUUCGGCGGCCACUACGCAACCCGCCGCCAGCAGCGGCCAGACUCAGGCCACGGCCACCGCGUCCAACACGGCGACUGAAACCGGCACCAACACCGGCACCAGCACCGGCACUGGCACUUCCGCUUCCUCUUCCACCGCCACUGCGACGGUCGGUGUUUCCAACCCUCUGGCCAGCUCGAACCCCUCGACCUCCGGGUCCAGCCACAGCGUCAGCAGCCCGAACGACAACAUCCGCACAGCCCAUGGCGUGAUCAUGGGGCUGGUCUUUGUGGUUUUGUUUCCCAUGGCGGCCUUGACCAUCUACGUGCCGUACCGCGAGAAGGUCCGACACGUGCAUGCGCCUCUCCAAGCCAUCAGUCUGGUGUUGAUGAUUGUUGGCCUGGGCCUGGGCGUGCAGCUCGGAAAAGACCUGGACGAACUUGACGCCUACCACCAAGUCAUCGGCUACAUUGUCGUGGCGUGGAUGGUGCUGUUUCAACCUGCCCUGGGCUUGUUUCAGCAUCUGCACUUCCGAAGAACCGGCGCUCGCAGUCCCAUGGGCCACGCACAUCGCUGGGUAGGCCGGGCCUUCAUCGCCUUGGGGGUCGUCAACGGCGGCCUGGGCUUGAAGCAAGCAGGGCCCAUUGGAAACGAGGACGCUCCCACCUGGUCCGUCGUUCUCUACAGCGUCAUCUCGGCCGUCUGCUUCAUCUUUUACCUCGUCAUCGUCUCCUAUUCGUCGUGGACCGCCAAGAAAUCCAUCCCCAACGGCCUCCCUGGCGAAAAGCCGCGGCCGCGCACCGAGACUUAUGAAUUACACGGUCGUUGA